AUGAAUCCUCCAAAAUUCGAAAAAACUGAAGAUAUGUCAAACUUGACAUUCUUAAAUGACGCAUCUGUACUGCACAAUCUGCGAGCUCGAUAUGGUUCUAUGCUUAUCUACACUUAUUCCGGGCUUUUCUGUGUCGUAAUCAACCCAUACAAAAGAUUGCCAAUCUAUACAGAUUCGGUAGCAGGAAUGUACAUGGGAAAGCGUAGAACUGAAAUGCCACCCCACUUGUUCGCCGUUUCAGACGAAGCUUAUCGCAAUAUGCUUUUAGAUCAUGAAAACCAGUCUAUGCUUAUCACAGGUGAAUCAGGUGCUGGUAAAACUGAAAACACCAAGAAGGUUAUUGCUUAUUUUGCUGCUGUUGGUGCUUCGCAAGUAGAUGUUCCAAGAUCAAUGGACGAAAAGAAAAAAGAGAUUAAAAAAGUUACUCUAGAAGAUCAGAUUGUUCAAACAAACCCUGUCCUUGAAGCUUUUGGUAAUGCCAGAACAGUGAGAAACAACAACUCUUCCCGUUUCGGGAAGUUCAUCCGUAUCCACUUCUCAAAACAGGGAAAAGUCGCUUCUUGCGAUAUUGAACACUACCUUUUGGAAAAAUCCCGUGUAAUUCGUCAAGCGCCAGGAGAACGUUGUUACCACAUCUUCUACCAGCUGCAUUCCGGUUACGUCCCAACUUUGAAAAAAGACCUUCUUUUGGACAAACCGUUAAAAGACUAUUAUUUUGUUGCUCAAGCAGAACUGACAAUUGAUGGUGUUGACGAUAAGGAAGAACAUCAGCUCACAGAUGAAGCUUUCGAUAUCCUACACUUUAAGCCUGAAGAAAAAAUGAACUGCUACAAAGUCGUUUCUGGUCAAAUGCACAUGGGUAACAUGAAAUUUAAACAACGACCACGUGAAGAACAGGCUGAACCUGACGGCACAGAUGAAGCCGAGAAAGCAGCAGCAAUGUUUGGCGUAAACCAUGAAGAAUUCUUAAAGGCACUGACUCGACCUCGCGUAAAGGUAGGAACAGAGUGGGUGGCAAAAGGUCAGAAUCUUGAGCAAGUAAACUGGGCUGUCGGUGCUAUGGCAAAAGGUCUGUAUGCAAGAGUUUUCAACUGGCUGGUCAAAAAAUGCAACAUCACACUUGAUCAAAAAGGCAUUCCUCGUGACUACUUCAUUGGUGUGCUUGAUAUCGCCGGUUUUGAAAUUUUCGACUUCAACUCCUUUGAACAGCUCUGGAUUAAUUUUGUAAAUGAGAAACUGCAACAGUUCUUCAACCACCAUAUGUUCGUUUUGGAACAAGAAGAAUACGCUCGAGAGGGUAUCCAGUGGACCUUCAUCGAUUUUGGUCUUGAUCUGCAAGCCUGCAUUGAACUUAUUGAAAAGCCGCUUGGCAUUAUUUCCAUCCUCGAUGAAGAAUGCAUUGUGCCAAAAGCUACUGACUUGACGCUAGCGCAAAAGCUUAUUGAUCAACAUCUCGGGAAACACCCUAACUUUGAAAAGCCGAAACCACCGAAGGGCAAACAAGGAGAAGCCCACUUCGCUAUGCGUCACUACGCUGGUACAGUGCGAUACAACGUAACCAACUGGCUGGAAAAGAACAAAGACCCUCUCAAUGAUACAUGCGUCGCAGUGUUGAAGGCUUCACAAGGAAAUGCGCUUCUGAAUGAAAUCUGGUCGGAUUAUACUACCCAAGAAGAGGCUGCAGCGGCUGCCAAAGAUGGCGGUGGCGUCAAAAAGAAGGGUAAAUCUGGCUCAUUCAUGACAGUAUCUAUGCUUUACCGUGAGUCUCUGAACAACCUAAUCAACAUGCUUAACAUGACCCACCCUCACUUCAUCCGUUGCAUUAUUCCUAAUGAAAAGAAAACGUCCGGCCUUAUCGAAGCGGGCCUGGUUCUAAACCAGCUAACAUGUAACGGUGUGCUUGAAGGCAUCAGAAUUUGUAGAAAAGGUUUUCCAAACAGAACUCUGCACAAAGAUUUCAAGCAACGAUACUCUGUACUUGCGCCUGAAGAGGCAGUCUCAUCUACAGAACCGGUCAAGUGUGCGCAGGCAAUCCUUAAUAAGAUGGUAAGCACAGGGGUGCUAACGGAAGACAACUUCCGAGUUGGUGAGACAAAGAUCUUCUUCAAGGCUGGUGUCCUCGCACAUCUUGAAGAUGUUCGAGACGAAGCGUUGAAAUUGAUUAUGACCAAAUUACAAGCAUGGAUCCGGGCCUACGUUGGUCUAAUCGACUGCAAAAGAAGAAGAGAACAAAAAGCUGCCACCCUUGUUCUUCAAAGGAACAUUCGUACAUGGGUAGAACUUAGGAAAUGGAACUGGUUCAAGCUCUACGCUAAAGUAAAGCCUAUGUGCAGAGAAGGCAAAGUUGCGGAACAGAUGGAGAAAUUGACCGAGAAACUCAAAUCUCUGGAAGAGGCUUUGAACAAGGAAACUAAAGCUAAGCAAGAUGUUCUCGAUAGCUCAUCAAAAACUGACGCAGAACGGGCAGAUCUGUUAGCACAGCUUGAGGAGACUAGAAACAAGCUAAGUGAUGUGGAACGGCGUGUACAGGAAGAGGCGGCUAAGAAGGGAGAUGUCGACAAUGAGCUCGAGGAACUGAACAGAAAACUCGCAGAAGCUGAGGAUGGAAGUGAAGAUUUAGCAAGGGGCAAGAAGAAGUUAGAAGGUGAAGCAGAUACUCUUAGGAAACAAAUCCAAGACCUAGAAAUGAGCUGCAGGAAAAUGGAAUCAGAGAAACAAUCUAAAGAACAUCAGAUGCGUUCACUGCAAGAGGAAAUGCAACAACAAGAAGAAACAAUUGCCAAAUUGAACAAGGAGAAGAAGCAUCAAGAAGAAGUAAACAAAAAAAUUAUGGAAGACCUUCAGUCGCAAGAAGAUAAGAGCAACCACAUUAGCAAAAUCAAGGCAAAACUAGAGCAGUCUCUUGAUGACAUGGAAGAAAAUUUAGAUAGGGAAAGAAGAAAUAAGGCAGAAACAGAAAAGGCUAAAAGAAAGGUUGAAGGAGAAUUAAAGAUUGCUCAAGAGAACAUUGAAGAAGCUACGCGUCAGAAGCAUGACCUUGAAAAUGUUCUCAAAAAGAAGGAAUCGGAAACUAACUUGUUAAGUAGCCGAUUAGAAGACGAACAAUCUAUGGUAAGCAAACUACAGCGACAAAUCAAGGAGCUUCAGUCUCGAAUGGCCGAAAUUGAAGAGGAACUUGAAAGCGAAAGAGACUCUCGUUCAAAAACCGACCGUGCUAAAAGCGACAUCCAGAGGGAGCUGGAGGAACUUAGCGAACGUCUGGAAGAACAAGGAGGUGCCACUGCAGCACAAAUUGAGAUGAACAAGAAGCGAGAGGCUGAAGUGGCCAAACUUCGCCGAGAUAUCGAAGAAGCGAAUAUGAACCAUGAAGGUCAACUUGUUGCCUUGCGGAAGAAACACGCUGAUGCUGUUGCUGAACUUUCAGACCAGCUAGACCAAAUUCAGAAGCAGCGACAAAAGAUUGAAAAAGAGAAAGCCCAAAUUGUUCAGGAAGCCGAAGGAUAUGCUGCUCAACUGGACAACGAGACCGCUGCUAAAGCAAGCAAUGAGAAGCUGGUUAAGCAGUUGGAAGUCCAACUAACAGAUCUUCAGAGCAAGGCUGAAGAGCAAAGCCGACAGCUUCAAGACUGUACUUCUGUCCGAAACCGUCUAUCAAACGAAAGUGCUGACUUGAGUCGUCAACUGGAGGAUGCUGAAGAACAAGUAAACGUUCUCCAACGCUUAAAAGCACAAAUUAACAGUCAGCUGGAAGAAGUAAAACACGCUGUUGACGAAGAAAUCCGUGAACGGCAGGCUCUUGCUGCUCAAGUUAAAAACCUUCAAGGCGAAGCUGAACAAGCCCACACGAACCUUGAGGAGGAGAUUGAAUCUAAAAACAAUGCUUUACGCCAACUCAGCAAGGCUAAUACCGAAAUCCAGCAGUGGCAAUCGAAGUUUGAAGGCGAUGGAAUGCUACGCGCAGAUGAAAUUGAAGAGGCUAAAAGGAAACAAAACAUUAAAAUCACUGACCUGCAGGAAGCUCUUGAUGCUGCUAACCAGAAAAUUAUUACCCUUGAAAAACAAAAAUCGCGCUUAAUGGGAGACUUAGACGACGCACAAGUAGAUGUUGAAAGAGCCAACUCAUAUGCCAACCAGCUUGACAAAAAGCAGAAGGGCUUCGAUAUGGUUGUGGAUGAAUGGAAGAAGAAGAGCGAUGGUUUAACAUCCGAGUUGGAAGCAGCACAACGUGAAGCUAGGAACCUGUCAACAGAUCUGUUCAAAAUGAAGACCCAACAAGAAGAAUUCAUGGAAACCGUAGAGGGUCUCAGACGUGAGAACAAGGGAUUAAGCAACGAGAUUAAAGACCUUACAGACCAGCUUGGUGAAGGUGGCCGUUCUGCCCACGAAAUGCAGAAAGUUAUUCGUAGACUUGAAAUUGAAAAAGAAGAACUUCAAAGAGGACUGGAUGAAGCUGAAGGGGCACUUGAAGCAGAAGAAAGCAAGGUGAUGAGGGCUCAAGUGGAGGUUCAGCAAAUUAGAUCUGAAAUUGAAAAGCGCAUACAAGAGAAGGAAGAAGAAUUUGAAAAUACCAGGAAAAACCACCAAAGAGCCCUUGAGUCGAUGCAGACAUCCCUAGAAGCCGAAUCCAAAUCUAAGAACGAAAUGCUGCGAGUCAAGAAGAAGCUUGAAUCUGAUAUCAACGAACUUGAAAUCAGCCUUGAUCAUGCCAACAAGGCAAAUGCAGAUGCCCAAAAGAGCUUAAAACGUUACCAAGAACAAGUUCGCGAGAUCCAGCUUCAGAUCGAGGAAGAACAACGCGAACGCGAUGACCUCAGGGAACAGUAUCUGAAUGCAGAGAAACGGGCGGCUCUUUUAGAAGCUGAGAAAGAAGAAUUGGCCUCUACCUCCUCCCAGAUUGAUAGAGCUCGUAAACAAGCCGAAGUUGAAGCAACUGAUGCUCGUGACCAAGCUAAUGAACUUAAUGUACAAUGCUGUAGCUUGAGUGCAACAAAGAGGAAGCUGGAAGGUGAAUUACAGGCUAUCCAUACGGAUCUAGAUGAGAUACUGAAUGAGUACCGCAGCUCGGAGGAAAGAAGUAAGACGGCGAUGGCUGAUGCAAUGCGUUUAGCAGAAGAAUUAAGACAAGAACAAGAUCAUCAGGCACAUAUUGAUCGUAUGUGUAAAGGUCUUGAAGGCCAAAUCAAGGAAAUGCAGGCAAGUUCUAGAAACAGGAAAAAAUUAUUUGCAGGACAACUGGAUGAAGCUGAGCAGUCGGCACUUAAGGGUGGUAAGAAGGUAAUUGCCAAGCUAGAACAACGUGUACAUGACCUGGAAGUUGAACUCGACGGUGAACAACGGCGUCACCAGGAUGUCACUAAAAAUGUUGCAAAACAAGAACGACGGGUUAGAGAGCUCCAAUUCCAAGUUGACGAAGACAAGAAGAACUUUGAAAGGCUGCAAGAACUUGUAGAUAAACUUCAAGGAAAGAUCAAGACACAAAAACGACAACUCGAGGAAGCGGAGGAACUUGCAAAUAUCAAUCUGCAAAAGUACCGCCAAAUUCAGCAUCAACUUGAAGAUGCUGAGGAACGUGCCGAAAAUGCCGAAACUUCAGUGUCGAAAAUACGAGCCAAGAGCCGUGCAGCGACAGCCGCUCCCGGCGGAUUACAAGUUUCACAGUCGGCAUCGGUGCUUCGAUCACCGUCCCGUGCACGAGCAUCAGCUUAUGAUAUUAAAAGUUCUUUCCAGUAA